AAAAAAAGAAAGACCUUCAGUUCUUGCUAGGACGGAUGAUCGCGAAACAGUACGCAAAAGAGUUCUCGAGAGCCUCACUAGCCUAUACAAAACGCUUGAAGAAGAUGAUGAUGGCUAUGGCUACUUCCUGAUGGAAAAUCUGAUCGAGUUCCCUAUUGAAUGCGCAGACUUCAUGCUCGAAGAAAUUGAUGAUCUCUCAAAGCAUUCAACAACAUGCUUUUUCCAGCCAUGCUCCUCUCUGUUAUUUGAAGAAUACCCCAUUAGCCCGGAUUUCACUGAAGUUAUGGAAACAAUACAAGCCCACGAGAAUGCUUGGCUAUCUUCGGAGAGAUUGACGGAUGAUCUAUUUAACGGCGCAGGGUUUCUCAGCACCUGGUUGACAUCAAAUUUCAGUUACAGUUGGCGAGCAAAGGGCCAAGGAAAGGCUAGCCUCCAGUUUGCUGUUACAAAGUGGAAUCCAACUGGAUUCGGAGAUCUGAUCGAUGAAGAAUUCGAGUAUACUACUUUUUACCCGAGUAGGCGGGAACCACGGCACGCAUGGUAUGACCGAGAGGGAGCUCCACACGUGAUGUUCACCAUUGCACAUCGCUUUGAAGGCAAAGACGAAUGCUUGCUGCGCGGAGAAUUGCUCGCAAUUAUCGCAGUAAUGAUCACGAGGCGUCGAUGUGAUGACUUUGCCGAACACAGUAUCAUCCCGGUGAUGAUAUUUUCUUUCAUGGGGAGGAAGGGCAGGAUUCUGCAGGCUCAUACAAGUGACAGAAUGCUGAUCAUACGGAAGAGCAAGCUCUACGAUUUCUCGACAUUGCAGGAAUUUAGGGAAAACACGAGCCUUUUCUUACGCUACAUGACAAGUCAGGUGGUUGGCGAUACCCAGCAAACAGCUACAGGGCCAGUAAUCACAGAAAGCCAGCUCCAGGCAGACAAAUGAUGAAGUUUCCAAUUCCUAUAGAAAUCACAGAACGGUUAACAAAGUUUUUACCAUAUCUAGAAUUGGAGGCUAUUUCAGGUGUGCCUUGGAUGGAGAACAAACGAGUAAAAAACACAGUAGUGAAGAGACAAGCAAAAACAAUAACGUUCAAAAGGUCACUAAUGUUACAGGCAGACGUGUACCGAAUUGAGUUUUCAUAUGUUUCUUAGAUUCUAAUAUGGU